UUUCCAAACUCAAGGGAUUUACCGUAAUUAACAUUUUUGUUAGGGACUUUUCAGAAAAAAACGAAUUAAAGAGUUUAAUAUAAAGUCGAAGAGCUGAAAGCCUGAACUUAAGCUGCGUCUUCUCCCAGGUUGAAGCUUUUCACCAGACUGGAUUAGCGAGAAUGGCCAAUCCAAAGAACCCAAUUGUGUUCAUGGAUGUAUCAAUUAAUGGCGGUGCACCGGGAAGGAUGGUUUUUGUGCUUUUUUCUGAUGUUGUUCCCAAGACUGCUGAGAACUUCCGUGCAUUAUGUACUGGUGAAAUGGGAAUUGGACGUACGACUGGGAAGCUCCUGCAUUACAAGGGAUCAAUAUUCCAUCGCAUAAUCAAAGGGUUCAUGGCACAGGGUGGUGACUUUUCUAGGCGAGAUGGAACAGGUGGUGAGAGUAUAUAUGGUGGAAAAUUUGCUGAUGAAAAUUUUAAGCUACACCAUGAUGGCCCUGGUCUUCUGUCAAUGGCGAAUGCUGGACCUGAUGGCAAUGGUUCUCAAUUUUUUAUCACCUUCAAAGCUGCUCCUUACCUUGACAGGAAGCAUGUUGUUUUUGGGAAACUUAUACUAGGACAAGACACUUUGAAGAAUAUAGAUCAGGUUGAAGUUAAUGAUACCAAACCUGUUGUUCCUGUGAAAAUUGUUGACUGUGGUGAGCUUCAGGAUACAAAAAAGCAAGAUAAAAGGAAAUCUAGUAAAUCAAAAUCAGGAAAAGGUGUCGGUUCUGAUACAGAUACAGAUAUUGAUGAAGCACGGCAAAAGGGGCGUCAUAAGAAAUCUUCUAAAGGCCGAAAAAAGAAGAAGCGAAGAACAUAUUAUUCAUCUGAAUCAGAUAGCUCAUCAGAUACUGACACUGAAUCUUCAGAGACUGAUAGUGAUUCUGAUUCAUAUUCAUCAUCAUCAUUAUCAUCUGAUAUCAGUAGCUCUAGUGAUGAUAGGCAUAGGAGGAGAAAGAAAUAUUCCAAGAGGGAUAAAUACAAGCACGGAAAACGGAAAAGGGACCCAAGGCGCGAGAAAAGACGUAGAAGGCGUGACAAAAAAUCAAGACGCAAAUCAAAGAGGAUAUCAGAGGUUGGUGAUGAUAAUGAUGAUUCAAGCGGGAGCAGCUUUGACAGUGAUGGUGGUAAACGUAAAGGACUACCACGGAAGUCUAAAAAAACAAAUCUGGAUGAAGUUCAGACCCCAUUGAUUUUGGAGAAAGGAGCUGCUGCAAACUUGCCAAGCAACGAUGACAACAUGGACAAUCCUGCUGGAGAAGGAGCUAAAUCUUUGAGAGAAAAUGGAGAGGGGAGGAGCAAUGGAAUCACUGAAGCAAAAUCUAACAGCAAUGAAGAUAGACUGCUGCCUAUCGAUAAUAUACCAACCAAAUCUAGGAGUCAAAGCAUAAGUCCUACUCGAUCCAUGAGCAAGAGCAUAACUCCCAGAAGGAGCCAAAGCAAAAGCCCGAGUAUGAGUCCCAAGAGGUCUAUCAGCAGGAGCAUGAGUCGAAGCCCGGCUAGAAGCAUGAGCAAAAGCCCAGUAAAAAGUUGUCAUAGAAGCAUAAGCAGAAGCUCAGCUAGAUCUCCGCCUCGAAGAAGUCCAGGUGUUAGCCAGAGCCCUGCAAGGGACAAGAGAAGGAGCGUAAGCAGGAGCUCUGCAAGGAUUUACCGAAGAAGAUCCAUAAGCAGAAGCCCAAUGAUGGAUGCUCGUAAAAGCAUCAGCAGAAGCCCUAUAAGGUCAUCAAGAAGAAGCCCAAGUCGAAGCCCAAUCAGGACUUGGUCACGAAGAAGCAUCAGCAGAAGUCCAGUGGGUCGCCAUGGUAGGAGUUUUUCCAGAAGCGCUUCUCCACGUGAGGUGCCCAAGCGAAUUCAAAAGGGCCGUGGCUUUAGUCCGACAUAUUCUUUUGCCAGACGAUACCGAACUCCUUCUCCAGACCGUUCUCCUGUUAGGUCUUAUCGAUAUGGUGGAAGGACUGAUCGUGAUAGGUAUCCGAGAUAUAGAAGCUUUUAUGACAGGUCUCCCCCUAGGCGGUACAGGAGUCCUCCAAGCAGGUACAGAAGCAGGAGAAGCCGCACUCGAAGCAUUUCACGCAGCCCCUUAACUUACCGUGGCCGUCGUAGUCCUCUUCGUAGUCGAUCUCCUGUGGAGAAACGAAGGUCCCGCUCUGGGAGGCGCAGGUCUGUUUCCCCAAGCCAAAGCCUAUCUGGGUCCCGCUCCCGGUCCCGAUCCAUUUCAAGAUCCAGGUCGAUAUCUAGGUCUAGGUCUAGGUCAUCUCUCGAUACUCCCUCUCCAAAGCGCGUGAGCAAGGAGAAAUCUUUGUCAAGAUCACCUUCAAGUAGUUCUCAUGGGAAGAAGGGCUUGGUUUCUUAUGGUGAUGCCUCUCCUGAUUCUGCUGGGCAAAAGUAGGUUGGUGUUGUUGUAGAGCAAGCUCUGGUUGUUUUCGUGGUACUUUGAUCUGCUGUAUUGUUGCAGCGUGUGCACCUGGGUACAUUAAGGAUGCCUCUUUGUUUUAGUAGGCUGUGGGUUGACUAUGAAGUUAUCCUUGCUUAUUGCAUAAGUUGGCGUGCUUAGAUGGAUGAUGAAUUUUAACCUGGAAUUUUAUUGUUUGUAUCACAAUUUGGUGACUAGAUCAUGUUUCCAAGUUGUUUUUCCCUUUUCUCCUUGUACCUAGUUUUCUGUAUUUUUGUAUGAUGUUGCAUCUGGCUUCAUGGAGACACCUUUUUCCUUGUUUUAUGUUAUUCUGAAAUUGGCUAUUUUUAUAA